GACCAAGGACUACUUCCUCAUUGGAACACUUUCUUCCUUUUCCUUUGGAGAGAACUCUUCUAGAAAAAGAUGAGCGUUCUGUCCAACCAGAUGCUCAGAAGCUCCCAGGAGUCUCUCUGCGGGGCUGACUCCGUGCAGGACCUGGCCCGUUACCCCCGUGCUUUGGCCUCGCGCCUGACCCACCAGGGGGGGCCGCGCUCCUCCAAAGCCCCCCCAAGGGAGCUGUGCCCACAGGAGCAGCAGGAGCUGAGGAGGAAGAUCAACAGUCGGGAGAGGAAGAGGAUGCAGGACCUGAAUGUGGCCAUGGAUGCCCUGAGGGAGGUGAUGGUGCCGUACGCCACCUCCCCCUCCUCAGCCCCAUGCGUGCCCGCCCACCAGCCGGGUGCCCCUCCCGGUCGCAGGCUCUCCAAGAUCUCCACGCUGGUCCUAGCCCGGAAUUACAUCCUGCUGCUGGGCUCGUCGUUGCAUGAGAUGAGGCGAAUGCUGGGCGAGCUGAGCGCGGGGGCGGGGCCGGUCCUGGGCCCCCGGCUGCUGCUGACGGGAGGCUGGCCCCUCGUCUCGGGCCCCGGUCAGCUCCUCCUCGCCAGGGAAUCCUUCCCCGCCUCAUCUGCCAUCAAGUGUCCCCUGCUCUCUUCCAUGGAGGCCCCGCCGGCCCCGGUGCAGUGGGCGUCGGGGAUUCCCUCGGGGGUGCCCCUGUGCCCGUGCAGCGUGUGCAGACUGCCCAGGUUCAGACCACCCGGCCCCCUUCCGAGAUUCCCAAAGUGACAUUCCCAAUGAGACUUUUUUUAUUCCUAAAUUGGCUUAGCCGCUAACGCUAGUCGAUGCUAACAAAGUGCUAUCUAACAACCCUUUGAUGUCAAGUUAAAAAUGGCGGUCCUGCUGAAGUCCCGCCCUUCCCCCUCUUGUCCUAACCAGCAAAAGAUCAAAAAGGUUUCUCGCCAGGAUUGGCGGCUCCUCCUCGCGCUCGCUGCACAAAGCGUUCAGACGGACAGAAAAUGUUGCCGCUGAAUGGCGAGCCCGCCGCCAGCGUGAGAGGCGGCCAUUGUGGGCGGGCCCUCGAGGUGAUGGACCCGGGCCCGAGUGCUCUGGGAGGAUUACGCCUGUAAAAAGGAGCGACGGCGUUAAAGGGACACGCGGGACGCCAUUAAGGGAGAUUACGGCAAAUAAGGCGUGAUGAGGAGGAGGUGGGGGGCGGGGCUUUAUGAUAGAUCAAAGAAAAUUGGUCAAACUUGUCCAGGCUCAUUUGCAUAAAGCUGUACACGGAUUAUUAGCUACCUUGCUACUUUACACACUCGCUACCUUUAACCCCCCGCCCCCGUCUUGAGUGCCCCUCCAAGAGGGUCUCGCUUUUUGCCGCCUGCUGGCCUCAUUGUUGCGGCGUGGCAGGGGUCUUUGUCUUUGCACUUUAACUCCUUUCUCUCACACACACACACACACACACACACAACACAACACACACACGCUCACACUCACACACGCACGCACACACACACUUGCCUUGUUGGCCAUAGCAGCUGAUUUUCUCUCUCAUUUCCCGUCAACGUUUCACCCACAAAGUGUCAUUAACUGGUGAUUAAAGCGUAAUUAGUGUGUACAAG